AUGUCCACUGUCACGUAUCUGAUAUCUCUAGCAACCCGAUCUACGUCUGACUGCCGCAGAAACCGAUACUCGUCACUCAACCGACGAGCGGCGCCUUCGUCUGCUCUGUUCCAAGACUAUCCAGGCUCCCGGCCGUCAUCCUCGUCCUCCCCCCGCCCAGGUUAUGCCUACAAUUCACAGCCGGACCGGCCUGCGUCCUCUUCUUCACCGUACAUGAACCCAUACUCUUCUACAAACGGCUCGACCCAUGAAUCACAUUCCUCCUUCCGGCCCGCCACGCCGAAUUCAAAGGGCCAAUACUCUACGUCUGUGCUCGAGGAACUCGAAGCGCAGAACGAAAUUAGCGCCACGACCCUCCUGUCCCAGAAAGUCUCACAGUUGAAGACGCUCACCGUCGCGAUUGGUGACGAGAUAAGAGACUCGAGUGCGCUGGCCAGCCAGAUCAAUGACACCUUCGAGAACACUGGGGUGCGGUUACGCGGUACCAUGAGGAGGAUGCUUAGGAUGGCCGAGCGGACGGGCGUAGGGUGGAAAGCAUGGGUGUUGUUUUUCAUCGCAGUAUGGGCACUCUUUGCGUACGUAUGGUUGUUCUAG